CUCUGCAAGUAUGGUUUGCUUCCAGCUUUCCACUUAUGCUUUUUUUCUGUUUGGAGCUGCCCUUGGGGUCUCUGCCUUGGACAAAUAUGUUGCUGCUGUCUAUGAGCAUGCUGCUGUUCUGUCAGGAGUGACUCCAAAACUUGUCAGUCCAGAAGAUGCCUUGAAAUUGAUGAACAAGAAUCUAGACAUUUUAGAAACUGCCAUCAAAGAAGCUGCUGAGCAGGGAGCCCACAUUAUUGUGACACCUGAGGAUGGCAUUUAUGGCUGGGUCUUCACAAGACAAACUCUUUAUCCUUAUCUGGAGACUAUACCAGAUCCUCAAAUAAACUGGAAUCCAUGUAUUGACCCUGAAAGAUUUGGAUCAACCCAAGUACAAGAAAGACUCAGCUGCAUAGCAAGGAACUACUCCAUCUACGUUGUUGCCAACAUGGGGGACAAGAAACCAUGCAAUGGUAGUGAUCCAAAGUGCCCCAGUGAUGGUCGCUAUCAAUACAAUACAAAUGUUGUUUAUGAUUCAGAAGGGAAAUUUGUGGCACGUUACCACAAGUACAACCUUUUUGCGACUGAAACCCAGUUUAAUUACCCCAAGGAGCCAGAGUUUAUAACCUUCAACACCUCCUUUGGGAAGUUUGGCAUGUUCACGUGUGCAGAUGCACUUAAUUUUCGUGAACCUGCCAUAUCACUGGUGGAAAGGUUCCAUGUGGACAGUAUCGUCUUCCCAACUGCUUGGAUGAAUACGCUGCCACUUUUGGAUGCCAUUCAGUUUCACUCUGCCUGGGCUAUGGGAAUGCGUGUAAACUUUCUUUCUGCAAAUAUACAUAAGCCUAGCUUGGAUAUUACUGGAAGUGGUAUCUUUGCUCCUGAUGGCCCCAAGGUGUAUCAUUAUGAUAUGAAAACACAGAAAGGCAAACUUUUGCUCACAGAACUGGACAUACACCCACGCCUUUCUCCCACAUAUCCUCCCCCUGUCAAUUGGAGUGUGUAUGCUUCAAGUGUAAAGGACGUUUCGCCAAAGACACCAGUGUUUAAUGGAACGAUUUAUAAUGAUACAUUCACCUUCACUGAACUUUCUCGAGAAGCAGGCAAUUAUACUGUUUGCCAGAAGGGUCUCUGUUGCUACUUGAGCUACAAGAUGGCAGAAAAGCGAAAGGAUGAAGUUUAUGCAUUGGGUGCUUUUGAUGAGCUUCAUGUUGUUGAAGGAGAAUAUUAUCUUCAGAUAUGCACACUACUGAAGUGCAAGAACACAGACUUGAAAACAUGUGGGCAGCCAGUGGAUACUGCUCAUACCAGGUUUGACUCUUUUUCCCUCAGCGGCACAUUUAACACUAGUUAUGUGUUUCCAGAAGUCUUGCUCACUGGGAUUCAUCUGGCCCCGGGAGAAUUUCAGGUAUUGACUGAUGGGCGUCUGAUGAGCAAGAACAGCUUAUCAAAGCCAGUCUUAUCCAUAUCUCUUUUUGGAAGAUGGUAUGAAAAGGACUCUCCACAUCCACAAUAUGCUUCUCCUUGAGAUUGUCCUUCAUUAUUUUACACAUCCAAUGUUCUGUAAUACAAUCAAUGUUCUGUAAUACACACCUGUACAAUCCAAAGGAAAGAGUUUUAGUAUGCAAGGACAAGGCAGUGGAGUAGAAUCAGGAAUAUUAAUGGUUUAUUGAAAUAGAUAAUAUUUACAAAAAGGCAAGUAGUCUGCCUUCUGUGCUCUUGCUGCUGGCUGUUUGUUAGCCCUGCCUCUACCCCAGGACUGGACUAAAAGUAACUAAAGCACCAUUCAGUAGCUGGCCUGGAUCAAGGAAUUGAUUAACCAAAAACACCACAACACCCACUCUUAGUAAUUAUGCCUGGCGUUCUGAAUUUUGGGGAUUGUGUACCUAAUGCAGCAAGAAAUAGCAUAAUUAUUCCAAGGCAAACAUACUGUUUGUUUGAGAAUCAGUUAUCUGCUGCAAGAGUGCUUUAAUAGAACACUUGGUAUGUCCUCAUGCCGUUUUCCAUGUUCCCAGUUCAUCGCUUUAGUUCUUGAUUGGGCGCAUACAAGAAGAAGUUUCUUUGUUUUAGGUUUUAUUAUUAUUAUUCCUCUGUGUACAAAUUGUGACUAUUAAAAGUGAUUGCCAAGUUAAAAUGGGGGCUGGGAAACCUAUAUACAAUUGGUGACAAUCUAAACUAUAUGUAAUCAUACAAGUAAUCUGACUUCCUGUGUUUAUUAAGGAAAAACAUUUAUUGUAUUCAAAUAGAAACUGCAUUUCCCAGAUGAGAUCAAUGAUCUAUGAAAGGCUCACAGAGAAGGUACUCUAAAAUGCAAUAGAUAUUUGUGGGGGUGGGGGAGGGGGUGGUGAAGAGAAACUGUGGCCAGCCCGUGUCCGAUGGUAUCAAGGUCUUCUAUUUGUCCUGGAUCAAGAGUCAUAAAUUUGUGCUUCUCCUGCACCAGCCAUGCAACUGAUUUUGCCAACAAAAAACUAACUAGCCCCUUGAGCAUCCUAGGAAAAUCUACUUGCUUGUCUUGUUCAGGUUUCCAGCUUCUUGCACCAUGGCUACCCUUGCCACAUGCUGGAAAUAUGUUUGUUCUCUAACAGCUGCUCAGAGAAUUGGUGGAUAAACAUGGUUUCUUAAACACAUGGAAACAAGUAAUUGAGUUUUUGCAUCCUAUUUUUCUUUAGGGAAUGAAUUUAUUGCCUAACUCUUCAAUUUACUUGUUAUACGUCACCUUGUGUAUUCCGUUUGAGCGAAGUUACUCAAAUGCUUUCAAUAAAUUACAUUUUAAUUUGAA